AUGGGCGUCCCGUUUGAGGCUCUUCUCCCGUAUGCGAUCAUGCUCGGCGUUAGUCCCCCCCAUCUCGAAUUUGAAGCUCCGGCCCCCUACGGCGCCUUAUGUUUGGCUUUAGCGGAGCGGGACUUUCGAAGCUCAGGCAUAUGCAGAACGGAGGAAAGAGGGCAAGGCAUUCAGUUGAUCAAUGGGAUAGGCAAAGUACUUUAUACCCUCUUCUCGGGGUGUUCUCACGAUGUUGACGAGUAUACAGUGAUGGAUCGUGACCGAAGAUUGACGGGAUUCCUACGGGGACAGACAGACAACCCAACUGCGCCGCCUGGAUUCGAGCUGAACAACCCUUGGAGAUUGGAGAAGCGCUUCUAUUAG